CCGGCUCACCCUCUCUCUGCCGUUCCAGACCCCGCAACGCCGCGCUGCCGCGACGCUCUGCUCGCCAGAGAAAUCCAAAUAAACCCCUCACCAACCUUCAGGCGGGCAGCAGAAAACAAAAAUGCGCCCGAUGCGGAUCUUUGUGAACGACGACCGGCACGUGAUGGCCAAGCACUCGGCCGUGUACCCCACGCAGGAGGAGCUGGAGGCCGUGCAGAACAUGGUGUCCCACACGGAGCGGGCGCUCAAAGCCGUCUCCGACUGGAUCGACGAGCAGGAGAAGGUCGGCGGGGAGCAGCCGGAGAGCGAGUCCAUGGAGACGGCGGCUGAGGAGGAGAGCAAGGAAGGAGGGUGAGCAGCAGGGCACUGGUGGGACCGUCCUGC